GGGACAGGAAGCAUUUGAUAAUGUCCCAUCCAAUCCCGUCCCGCUGACUCACGGAGGUGUGGCCUGAGGCAGGUGUUGUCCUGCUGUCUUUCCAGUGCAGCGUCUGACCCUGGACAAGCAUGGACACUGUGGGGAAGGUGAUCACGUGCAAAGCAGCCGUGCUCUGGGAGCACAACAAGCCCUUCUCCAUGGAGGAUGUGGAGGUGGCCCCACCCAAGGCCCAUGAAGUCCGGAUCAAGAUGGUGGCCACGGGGAUCUGUCGCUCGGAUGAGCACGUGGUCACCGGGAGUCUGCCCAGAGAUCUGCCCGUGAUUCUUGGUCAUGAGGCAGCCGGCAUCGUGGAGAGCAUUGGGGAAGGCGUGACCACCGUGAAGCCUGGUGACAAGGUCAUCCCGCUGCCCAUCCCCCAGUGUGAGCAGUGCAGCGUCUGCAAACACCCUGAGGCCAACUACUGCCAGAUGAACGGCAUCGAGAGUAAGCAGGGCGCCAUGCAGGAUGGCACCUUCCGCUUCUCGUGCCGUGGACGCCCGCUGCACCACUUCCUGGGCACCAGCACCUUCUCCCAGUUCACAGUGGUGAACGAGAACUCCGUGGCCCCCAUCCACGCGGACGCCCCCCUGGACACUGUCUGCCUCAUCGGCUGCGCCUUCUCCACUGGCUAUGGCUCUGCGGUCAAGGUCGCCAAGGUCACCCCCGGGUCCACCUGCACCGUCUUUGGCCUGGGCGGCGUGGGGCUGGCCGUCAUCAUGGGUUGCAAGGCGGCCGGUGCGGCCAGGAUCAUCGGCGUGGACAUCAACAAGGACAAGUUCGCCAAGGCCAUGGCCGUGGGAGCCACCGAGUGCCUCAGCCCCCUUGACUCCCAACAGCCGGUCAGCGAGGUGCUGUCUGAGAGGACUGGGGGCGGUGCCGACUUCACCUUCGAGGUCGUCGGCCGGCUGGACACCAUGAUGACUGCCCUGCUGAGCUGCCACCCCGCCUUUGGGGUGAGCGUCGUGGUAGGGGUGCCACCCAAUGCCCAGAGCCUCUCCUUGAACCCCAUGCUGCUGCUGACUGGGCGCACCUGGAAGGGGGCCGUCUUCGGGGGCUUCAAGAGCAGGGACUCGGUGCCCAGGCUUGUGGAGGAAUUCAUGACCGGCAAGUUCAAGCUGGACGCACUGGUCACCCACGUGCUGCCCUUUGAGAAGAUCAAUGAGGGCUUUGAGCUGUUGCGCUCAGGACAGAGUGUCCGCACCAUCCUGACCUUCUGAGGCCUCACACGGUGGGAGGAGGAGCUGGGCCCUGGUCUGAGCAGAAAGCAUCCUUGGACCCGGAACCUGUGGCCUCACACCCUGUCCCGUCCUGUCCUGUCCCCCAUCCUGGGCCCACCAGACUGGGCCAGGCCUCAUCCUGCUGGCUACACCCCUAUGUCCUCACGCCCUGGCCACACCUGCCCGCCCUGGCCACACCUGCCCGCCUCCUGGCUGACUUCCUGCAGAUGGGCAAGAGGAGCAUGGUCCAGCUGGGGAGGGUGGGGGAGGGGGCAGGCUUCUCCCUGUGCUGCCUGAGGUUGCUCCGCACAGCCCCUGCACAGACCCCUGUCCAUCCGGCCCAAGGGUAGCAUUAAACUGCCAAGCAAGCUCC